CAGUUUCCGGUGUUAAAGAUUAAAAGUGUUAUAUUUAUGAUCCAGCAGUCUAUAAGGCAAGGUCAAGGUGACCGUAUGGCUCUUAUUGGCUGUGUAGUGAGAGAGGGACGGGCGUCCCAUCUCUGUAGACUUUGGUCGAGCUGAAGCAGCAGGUUUCUCGCACUUCUGCUCGAAAGACUUCUAGAAAAACUUUUCAGAGACACCGGCUGGGAGUUUUAAACAGAAAAAUGGAAGCGUUUCAUUCCAGGCUGGAGUUGUUCUUGGUGCUUUUCAUAGCUUUGCCACCUUGUGUCUCUUCUGUAGACAAACUCAACAUGUGUAUGGAUGGCAAACAUCAGUUAACAGAUCCCAGACCAGAGGGAGAGCUUUAUAAGCAGUGUGAACCAUGGAAAGACAACGCCUGUUGCACAGCAAACACAACAGAAGAGGCUCAUCAGGAUAACUCAUACCUGUAUAAUUUUAACUGGAAUCACUGUGGCAUGAUGAGCGACAAAUGCAAGAAACAUUUCAUUCAGGACACGUGUUUCUAUGAGUGCUCACCUCACCUGGGACCCUGGAUACAGCAGGCAGAUGAGUCUUGGAGAAAGGAGAGAAUCCUGGAUGUGCCGCUGUGUUUGGAAGACUGUGAGAGCUGGUAUGAGGACUGUAAGGAUGAUUACACAUGUAAAGAGAACUGGCAUAAGGGAUGGGACUGGAGCACAGGCACUAAUCGGUGUCCGAGCGGAUCUCAGUGCAGCCCCUGGUCAGAGAUUUUUCCCACCGCUCAGAGUAUGUGUGAGAAAAUCUGGUCCAAUUCUUACAAGUACACAACUUUCACUAAAGACAGCGGUCGCUGCAUGCAGAUGUGGUUCGAUCCUCCAAAUCCCAAUAAGAAAGUGGCUGAAUAUUACCUUUCUGGUGCCGUGGAGACCUCCACGCUGUCUAUGAGCCUGCAUCUGAUUUCAUUUCUCAUGAUACUGUUGGCUUGAGAACAAACACCAAAGUUCAGAUGAAAAGGGCCAUGAACGGACUUACUUUGCAUUUCUGUCACGAUCCUGCUUUUAUUUGUAAAUGAAUGUGUGUGACUACUACAGCAGAUUUGUUUACAGUACCAUUUUCAUAGAAGUUAAUGCACCGUCAUACAUUAAGUGUCACGUGUCCAGCAGAUGUCAGUGUUAUGUGUCUGUAUUGUGUAGCAAACUCAAUACUGUUCACUACCCUAAAUUAA